UACAUCCCCUGACUGACAGCACCAAAAUGAGUAGUUUCCGUCUUUCCGGUUGUUAGCGAGUUUUGCCAUUUGGCGCAUGUGUUUUAGGACUUAAUCUCUAUUCUAUGGUAUAAAUGAACAGAACUGUAAAAGCAACAAGUAAUAUUUUUAUAUCGCCACUAUGGCGAGUGGUGGCCGUAAACGACGCCUUGCCUGUACGUUAGACGGUGAUGUCUUGGAGAAACUUUCAAUGAAGUUGAAUCCUCGAAUGCUCAUGAAAGACUACCAAUCAUUAGCUGGACGUUUUAAAUAUACCUAUGAUUACAUUUUGAAUUUUGCUCGUGAGAGAGAUCCAACUUUGGCGUUGUUAAAUCAUUGGUGGACGGCCAAACGAGGAAAAGAAAAAACCGUUUCUGUAUUGAUUGAACAUCUUUCAGCAAUGGAAAGGGACGAUUGUGUGGAGUUAUUACAACCUUAUGAAUUUUAUUCUUCACAUGAAGCACUGGAACUUGACGAAAGACCUGUCAUUCCUGGUGCACCUGACAUGAACAUCAACCCCUAUAACCCACACUUUCCUGCAUACGAACAUAACCAGCAGACGUCUAAUUGUACGUAUGAAUUGCAAACUUCACCAAAUCAUCCCAUUCAAUAUGAGGAUCCUCUGAAAAAUGCAAGUGCACCAGAAGUUAGUCUGAUUGACUGCAAUGAAAAUCAUUCGUUUCCUUUUGAUGAACUCAAUCAGAGAAUGGCCACCAUGCAAUUGGUUCAACAUAGCAACAAUAAUUUUUCUUUAGAUGAACCAGCAAUGAAGACAUUGACUACUACAAAUGUUCAUUACCCUCAAAGUUCCUCUAGUUCAAUGGACAGUUUACAAUUUGAAAAGCAUUUCUUGGAGUAUGAAAAUGUAGAAGGAGUGGCCUCCAGACAACCACGUGACGAAGCAUCUUUGGACCCAGCAAAGCAUGAUGACUCAAUGGGAAUGUGUAGGCCUGGAGGACAUUACACAAGGACAAGUGCAUAUUCAAAGGUUUUUUCAGGAACUAGUAUUGAUUACGAAAGAAGAAUACCAGCAGAAUCCAAUUCUGUAACAGUUGCUGCAGAUAAAGUUGCCUUAGUUAUUGGUAAUCAGGAUUACGCACAUCACAAGUUGCAAGGGUUGUUCUACCCUGAAAAAGAUGCUCAUGACGUAACUGAUGCCCUUAGAAGGUUACAAUUUAAAGUUAUUUCUCUGGUGAAUUUGACUUUGAGUGAAAUGAGAACGGCCAUGUUAGCGUUUUGUUGUUUACUAGGUCGCGGAGUUUAUGGUGUUGUGUAUUACGCUGGUCAUGCCUAUGAGGACAAUGGGGAAAAUUACUUAUUACCCGUUGAUUCGGAUCUCAAAUAUAAUCGAGACCAAAGUUUACGUAUUCAGGAAAUACUUGAAGAGAUGCAACAAUGUGACACUUCUUUAAAUCUCCUCAUAGUUGACGCUUGUCGCGUGAGUUUACCUAACAAAUCUGGCAUAAACAUACCCCGCAUCAAACGAAGUGCCCGAGGAAACAAUAUAUUUGCUUAUUCUUGUUGCAGCCAACAAGAAUGUUUGGAAGAAGCUAACUUUCUCAAUGGCAUGUAUUGCUCUCUUUUGUUGGAAAGAUUAUGUGAAAAUCGUAGGAUUGAAAGUAUUUUAAUGGACGUUGCUACAGACUAUUCGCGAAAGUUUACUCUUUCUCAGCGACCAUGUUUGGAGACAGAUGCGAUGACUGAUUUCAGACUAACUGAUCCCAUACAAUCUGGAAUAAUGGAGGAGGAGUUUGAAAACCGUUGCCAUCGCUGGUUGGAAGCUCAGCGUGAACCGAGGGAAUUUUCUGUUUCGGCAGCAAGCCUUCAGAUCUCAUUGCGUUUUCAAGCUCGUUUCAGCAACAUCCUUCAAAUUUGUGUGACUACGGAAAAGAAGCUUGAAAAUGUGAUUGACGAGUUUCAUCUGUCACUGGAGGCAGUUCAUCCUUUACGGUGUGUGUUGAAGGCGUGUGAACGAACCACAACUGAUAGCGUCAUUUGCUCCCAGGUGUUUGAGCUUCAAAACAUUCAAAAGCACAUCAAACUUCCGGGCUCUGUCAUACUCACCCUCAACGCGAUGUUUAAAGAAAACAGCAAACUUUGUCAUUAUAAUAAGGAGUUUGAUCUUGGAUGGCCUUUGGUUUCUUCUAUCACGUGUUUAUGGGAUCGUUGGUUAAAUGGUGAUCAAUGCAAGAGCACUACUGUAUAGAAUGUUCAGGUCAUAUAUUGUGGCAAGAUUACGUCACUUAUAGGAUGAGAGGAGGAUAGGCAGGUUGCAGCGAGAAAUUUUGAUUUACAGUACUGUGUGUUUCAUUUUGUACACGUGAUCGUAAGUUUUCUACACGUGAUCAUCAAUUUACUUGAUUUGUAUAAGGUACAUAAAAUAUCAAAGUAAUUAUGUCUGAGUGAGAAUUUCCACAAAUAAUCUCAUCUAUACAUAUUACUUUAAGCACCAAGUUCAGCUUUAAAGCAUUUUAAUGGAACUACGGCAUGACUAACCUUGGACAAAAAUUAUCAAAAAAUUAUCUAGAUGAUUUUUAGAAUAUAUUUGGUCAGCGAUUAUGCUUAAACAAAUGUCAUUUGUCCAAGUUUACGUUCAACUGUACUCGAUGUUUUAUAAUUACACAUGUAGAAUGACCAUUUUACAUUUGUAUAAAAAAGGUGUAGGUUUGUGAGUGUAAAUGUAUAUGCGUGUAUUUGUAUGAAUAUGUAUAUGUAUGUAUGUUUAUGUAUAUGUAUGUAUGUUUAUGUAUACGUAGGUAUGUGUAUGUGUGUGUGUGUACACAAAUAUGUGUAACGCAUAUUCUAUAAUUUAGAAAAAUUUAGUUGAUGACUGGUCAUAGUUUAUCAAUGGUAUCCAUUGAAAUUUGUAAAUAAUGAAGAUAUAUUAUUUUAAGAUAUAUUUAUAUUCUAUACAUUAGAAGUAUAUUGUAUGGUUGAACAGAUUCAUCUAUGUAGAGAAGACGAUGUUCUUUGACAUUGACCUCAUGUGGGAUUUCAAAUAUUUUACAUAUACAAUCCAAGAGACUGGGGAAUAAUAUUUAUUUAAAGUUCUAUGGCAGUUUUUGCACCAUCUUUCAUAACUGCACGAUUUUCAUAGUCACGAAGACUAUUUGUGAAUAAGUAUAAAGUGCUUUUCUCUAUGGGUAGAGUAAAAGCUACCCAUUCAGGUCCUUGUCCAAAGAAUGAUGCAGGGAUUCGUUGUUCGAAGUUUGAAUGGCGCAUAUUUUGAAGAGGUGUGAAAUCUUUUGCUUUAAAGCUUUUGUUGUCUUACGGAGGAAGUAAUGAUGUAAAAUUAUAGAUAAGAAAAAAAUUUGUUUCAGAAUGUUCAGCAUAUAAGUACAUGAAACUCGAAAUUGAUGAUAUCGACAAGAAAGCGUUAAAACUUUGAACAAGGAACUCCUGUAUGUUUUUACCAUUACUAGCUAUGUUUUAAGGGCAAAAUUAGUAUUUACUUCAACUCUUUUUAAGAGCAAGGCUGAAAAUUUCAAAUAAAAUUAUUUACAUUGAA